AUGAUCAAACACGCAUUUGUUAUUUUAUUUAUUUUACUUUUAAUAACUCUCAUCAGUCUUUCAAUAACUGCUUUGAUUAUGAGUAGUGGGAAAUUUUGGAAAUGUCCUGGUCAACCACGUACAUUUGAAUGGUUACUGGGUUUUGGCAUAUUUGGUAUUUUUUUUUGUUGGCUCAGCAUUAUUAUUUUUAUUGAAAAAUUUAUUUUUUCUGGCUCCAUCAAUCGUCGUCCUGUUAUGAUUCUAUAUGGCAUAAUGAUAGCUAUUCUUUUUGUUUUUGCAGCUAUCUGGAGUAUAAUAGGUUUGUAUUGGUCAAAUACAAAAUCCUUAAAACAAAAUUCUUAUUAUUAUAUUAAUGGACAAAAUAUCUAUUGUCAUCCAACAAUUCUAGGAUUUAGCAACGGAAUAAGCAUUUCUCUGCUUGUAUGUUGCUCAAUAAUAGGAACUGGAUUAUUUUAUGCAUGUAAAGAUUUUCAUCGUUGA